AUGACACUCCACAGCUUCCUUUUUUUAAUAUCUUUAAAAGAUUUUCUGUCUAUCUCACUACCCUACUCCUUCUCUCUCCACCAAUCUUCUUUGAAAAAAUUCUCUUUCUUCUUCUUUUUCUCUCUCCUUCUUCUUCUCUUUCUUUUCUUCUUAUUAACUCUCCAUUUCUCUCUUCCUCUCUUUCUCUCUUUCCCCUGUCUUUCUCUAUUCCUCUCUCUCUCCUACCCUCUCUCUCCCACCCCUUCUCUCUCUUUUUCCCACUCUUUCUUUAUCCCUCUCUCUCCCCAUCUCUCUCUUUCUCUCUCUCUGUUCCUCUCUUUCUACCUCUCCAUUUCUCUAUAUCCCUCCCUUUCUAUAUAUCUAUCCUCUACCACGUCUCUUUCCCACCCCUUCUCUCUCUUUCCCCCUCUCUUUCUUUAUCCCUCUCUCUCUCUCCCUCUCUCCCCUCUGUUUCUCUAG